CAGGCAUUGCCCAACAAGUUCGGUUGCUAGGUGUUAUAGCGUCCUCUCUGUGUACGGUUGCUAGCUAAUGGCUAGCUGACUGACAUUACGUGUAAGUGAAGCCCGUGAACCUUGAAGAAAAUGGAGUGUAUGGGUUUGAGUUGUGGGUGAACGCGACGGAAGCGAUAUAUAAAUCUUUUUACCAACGAGUUAACGGUGUACGAUUGAGGUGAGGAUGACGUCCACUGUGCAUCUGUGAGAUGCUCUGCAGAAUGCUCACUGGAAGUACGAGGGGUUAUUGAAUGAGAUGAGCAGAAGUGUUUUCUGACAGAAGGUGUUUCAACGGUUUUGCACACUCACAUGAGUUCCAGGGAGGCAGCCAAGAUGGGUGACAUCUUGGCGACCGAAGCUGAUCUUCUUGGGAUGAUUAAGGAGUACCUUAAGUUUGAGGAAUUUGAAGAGACCGUUCGCAGCUUCGACAAGGACUGCAGAAGCAAAGGCAAGCUCGUCUCAAAGCCUCAAGGGAGUACUCUCAGAGACUCAAAGACUCGUGUCAUUCAGAAAGACCUCCUCAGCUCUUUUGACGAUGGAGAUCAUAAGGUGUUCUUUGAACUGUGGACAGAGAAUAUUCCCUCUGAGGUAAAAGACACAGAUGCUGAGGCCCAGAGACUGGAGUUCUACCUUCAUAUCCAUUUCACCAUCUACCCACUGAGGAGGCACCCUGGUAGACAUGACAGAGCCGAGUUUGAGGAGAGGAUCUCCCACUUGAAGCAGUACCUGGAGACACGAGGAGCCGCUCUGAGUCAGACCACAGAGUUUCUGCCUUACUAUGCCUUGCCUUUCGUUCCCAACCCCACCAUCCACCCCUCCUUCAAAGAUCUUUUCCAGGAUUCCUGGAUGCCAAAUUUGAAGGAUACGCUUGAGCAGUUUCUCUCCGUGGCACUGAAGCCGUCCAUCAUCCCGAGGUUGCUGAAUUUAUAUAAGGAGGGCGGAAGGGGCACUAAAGACGCCAUGCAGCAGUUACGGCUCCAACUUGUUGAGUCAGACCGGCGCAUCGCCAUCUAUGUGCGGAAGCUCAACAAGAUGCAGGCCGACUACCACAACCUGAUCGGAAUCACCGCGGAGCUGGUCGACUCUUUAGAGGCCACAGUCAGCGGAAAACUGAUCUCCCCCGAGUACCUGCAGAGUGUGUGUGUUCGCCUGUUCAACAACCAGAUGAGGCAGAGCGUGGUGCAGAGCACUGACUUCACCAGACCUGGCACCGGAUAUUACUCUAUGAGUCCCUAUGAUGAUGGCUAUGCCUCCUCAAUGCUACGAGCAUCGAUUGCUCCACAGAGAUCCAAGGAGGUGCCAAUGCUCCCCUCACUGGACUAUGAGAGGCUGAAGAAAGACCUGGUUGAAGGUCCAGACAGAGUCAGGUCUCUCCUGCUUCAGGCAUUGCGCUGGAGACUGACUCGCUCCCUCGCUGGUGAACAGAGAGACACCGUGGUUCAGGCCUAUAUCAGCAACGAUCUGCUGGAGUGCUAUAGCACAAAACAGAAACCCGUGCUCCAUUUAAUGAGGUCUAAGAAUGAGAUUGUCCGGCAAUAUAUGGCUCGUCUCAUCAAUGCAUUCGCUUCCCUUGCAGAGGGUCGGGUUUACCUCUCCCAAAUCCCCGUUCUUCUGAAACUUCUGACAGAAGCUCUCAGGAAGGAGGAAAAAAAUUCCCUGACUAGAGAAAACGUGCUAGUUGCCCUGCAGAAACUCAGUCUCAGGAGGAGCCAGCAGACGGCCAUGAUAGCAGAUGAUCUGAUAGGCUGGCUGGUGGAUGAGCUGCAAGACUCGGACUGCCUGACUGACUACACCCUGGAGUACUCUGCAGCUCUGCUAAUGAAUCUGUGUCUGCGAACAAAAGGAAAAAGGAAGUGUGCAGAGAACGCCAAGCAUGUACUGAAGGUCCUAACUGACCUCCUUGGACACGAGAACCACGAGAUUCGACCAUAUGUGAAUGGAGCCCUGUACAGCAUCCUGUGUAUUCCCUCUGUGAGACAGGAAGCCAGAGAGAUGAGCGUCGAAGAGAUUCUUCGCUGCUACGGCAAAGAGGAUAACCCAGACCUUAACAGACAGAUAGAGUUCAUCAUCAAACAGCUGAACUCAGCUGAGGAAGAGGAACAAGAAUCAGACGAUGAAGAGGAAGAGGACGACAACGAUGAAGAUUUAAUGGAAACAGACCUUGACAAAGAGGAAGUUCUCCAACCGCAGUCGAGGGAACUGACUGGGGAGAGUCUGCUCACCACUGAGUACCUGGGAAUUAUGACCAACAUGGCAAAAAUGAAGAGGAAGUCCACCCCUCUGACGCAACCAGGUGCUGACGAACCCCUUCAGCGGCCAACCACACCGAGUUCUCACCGUAAUGUCAACGCAGUGGAUUAUCGAGCUUGCAUUCAGGGGGGUGAGGGCAGCAGUGACAGCGAAUACCCUCUGAGUCGACAGAAGAGUGAAGAAGGAAGCCUGCCUCCAUCACGGUACAACUCUAGACCCCCUACGCGCUCCGGCAGUCGCCCCAGCACCUCUGACUCCCUACGUCACAGCAUCGACUCAGAGUGUGGCCGAUUGUCACAGGAGUCAGAGUUGGACGGACUGUAUGAAGGGCGAGCUACAAAAGGACGAUCCCGGGAGGAACACAAUGGAAACUUUGCCAGUGGUGAUUAUAUCCCUGAAUUCGCAAGCCAGCCUAAAAGCCCCCCUACGCCGGACACAGCAGGCAGCCGGAGCAGUGCUCGCCGGCGUGCAGACCUGGCACCGCAGUUCUCCCAGUCGGAGCCACAGCAGAGCAGCCGGCCAGGCUCCGCCAGCUCCACAGGAGGAGGGGGACGCCACAGUGGAAGCAGCCAGUCAAAGAGGAGGUGAAGAGGGAGCUGUCACCGUGGAGUAGCGCUAUCUCCCCAGCAGCAUCGGGCUUCCUGUAACAUCAUACCCCCAGGUUGUGAUCGGGGUCAGGGCAACAGAGAUGCUCGAGGAUCAGCGGCGAGAGGCGCGGGAGGAGGAGAAGGAGGAGGGGCUGGAACAAUGUGAAGGAUUGUGGCUCUACAUUCUCUUUCCUCCCCCUUCGGCUUUCGUGCAGACUUCCCUUCUGUAACAUAAUAUGAGGUUGGGCAAUAAUCACAACCCCCAGCCGUGCAGCCCUGCACACCUUGUAGACUCAGCUAACCUCUCGGCUUCUCCCCUCUCUCAUCAAGGUAAUAGUUGUCGCACCUAAAUAUGUGUGGAGAUGCCAUUUUUUUUGUUACUCCAACUCGAUAUUGUCACUGACGUCUGGAUGUGAGCUGAAGCAUUCAGACACAGUGUGGUUUAAACUGUUUUUAACGACACGUGAAAGGAAGAUUAAGAGUUUAGGAAAUGUGUUAUGAUCAGGUAUUGAGAUAAAAUGUUUUCUCAACCUUCCUGUGAUCAUAGUUUAAUUUAUGUAAUAUGAGGCGCUGUAAGGACACAACACCUCAUUUGUUUUUACUUCUCAUCUUGAAUUUAGGAAAUGACAAUCUUCUGAAUUUCUGACUGAAUUGAUUUUUGACACUGGUGAAAAAUAUCCAUCCAAAUGGACAAACAUUUUCACCAACUACACUUCAAAUAUAACGCAUAAACUUGUAUCGGCGCAGCUGUUUACAGGGUCAGUAAACGAUUUUUAAUCCAACACACUUUUUGUAAAAUUAAGCGAAUAUUUCCUCACGGUCCGCAAGCUGUCGAUUCUGUUUUUUUUUUGGCACACCCCUGGCUCUGUCAAUUGAAAACAGAAAAAGUGGCGCAGACCGUACCACACAACACUGUGUGCAGUUUGUAAACAUCACCUCCCGACACCUUAAGAGACGUGUGUGCGACUGACUCUACGUCUCGGGGUUUUCGGCCUCAUGGUUAGCGCGUCAACAAUCGUCAACAAUCUUUCUCCAAAAUCACUUACUGCCCCUGAAACAUGAUGCUCCAGAAAUGUUUACAAGACUGACACAGCUCCUCGCAUAUCUUUUCAGACUAGUGAAUGUUUUUCGUCAUGAUGUAUAUUUUUUUUGUGAAGCGUUCGCAUUGAAUAUGAUAUGACAUUGAUAUGUCGUGAGUGGUUUUAAAUAAAUGUGUGUCCUGUCAA